AUGACCAUUUCCGCUCAAUCAAGAGUUAGAAACCUAAAAAUCUCCACCUACGAGUGUACCACCUCCAUGGAAUGCUUUCGGUCACAUCCUAACAUUACCAACGAAGAAGUUGUAGAUCAAUAUUUGUUGACAGAUUUCUGUUUUGACAUCGAUAAUACACUUAGUACUACACGGAAUAUGCUUACACAAAUGGUGAAGGCGCUGAUGUUUAUCCACCAGUGCAGAUAUUGUCACACGGGAAGUAGUCUGUUAGAGCUGGAUAUUGAUGGGGUGAAGAACUUGGAAGUCACAUCCCAACAUGAAGUUGUAGAUCAAGAUUUGUUGACAGACUUCCAUUUUGACAUUGAUGGUACACUUAGUACUACACGGAAGAUGCUUACACAAAUGGUGAAACUGAUGUUUAUUCACCAGUGCAGAUAUUGUCACACGGGAUUACAAAGUCAUUAUUCUUUCGUUUUGACUGAAGGAAAUGGUCUUUUAGAACUGGAUAUUGGUGGGGUGAAGAACUUGGAAGAUAAA